GCAUGCAUGUUUUUAUUUUUAUCAUUUAAACAUAACCUAAACCUUAUCAAUUUGUUAACAACAAUAAUAUGUCAAACUACGUGAUUAGUUCAUAAAUUAUUACAGAAACAUUCACUCUACAUAUGAUGGGCAUUUUUUUAGUGGUUGAAAAGAUGUGUGUAAUAUACUCUUGUUAAUUUACAACUCAAACAACUGACCAAAAAUAUUGAUUAUGUGGAGCUGCUGCAGUACAAAAUGCGCAAAAUGGACAAAUUUGUCAAUGGCUACAUUGUUUGUAGCUCUUGGUAUAUCUUUAGUGCUGGAAUGGGAAAAGACGUUUCAAAGAAUUAUCAAUUAUGAAUUAUCAGUGUGCAGCGAAAAGACGAAGGGUUUUAAAAUGUGGAAAGAAACGCCUAUUCCUAUGUAUUUAGAAUUCCACAUGUUUAAUUGGACAAACGCUCAUUUAGUCGCGAAAGAUUCGGGAAUCAAACCAGCAUUUGUCGAUUUGGGGCCAUAUGUGUUUUAUGAACAUCAUAUUAGAGACAACGUAACGUUUCAUGACAACGAUACCAUAACUUACCUUAAUAAAAGAUUAUGGCAUUUUGAAGCUGAUAAAUCUAAUGGAACUCUAGAGGAUGUUAUUACCAUUCUCAAUCCACUAGUUGUUAUUGUAGCCAAUGUGAUAAAAGAUGAGCAUUACUUAGUAAAAAGAGCUGUUAACUUUUUUUUGGAAGAGAAAGGUGAAUCGCUAUUCCUUCAUAAGAAUGUUCGAGAGUUGUUGUUUGAUGGUUACGAUGAUGGCUUAAUAGAUAUUGCACUGAAGCUCAAUAUAUCUGGUUUCAAUUUACCAUUCACAAAAUUUGGAUGGUUUGUCGAUAGAAAUGGAAGCGCUACAUAUGAUGGUGUUUUCAAUAUGUACAGCGGCGGCAAUGAUAUUCGGAAGCUUGGACUUAUAACCAGAUGGAAUUAUGAGCAUGAAACUUCGUACUAUCCAGGAGAAUGCGCUGUGGUUAACGGUUCUUCUGGCGAGUUAUGGUAUGCUCCACAUGAUGAUAAAGAAGUAGCUAUUUUUUCACCCGAUAUGUGCAGCAACGUCAAAUUGCAUCGGAGUGGAACAUUUACGUUGUAUGGAAUAGAGGGUAACGAAUAUGUAGGACAAGAUGAUGUAUUUGACAAUGGAACAAAAUAUGAAAGUUCCAAGUGUUACGCUUCUGGCGUGCGUACGGGGGUGCGAGGCGUCUCCACUUGCAAAUUUGGCGCUCCAGCAUAUAUGUCGUACCCUCACUUUUAUUUAGCUGAUCCUGGAUACAUUCACGAUGUAGAUGGUAUGUCGCCCAAUGCAGAAUUGCACGCCACCAAAAUGGCACUAGAACCCAGCACCGGAAUGCCACUUCACGUUAAGGCAGCUUUCCAAUUAAAUUUAUUAAUGAGUCAAAUGGAAGGGAUUGACGUACUUGCAAAAAUGAAAACCACAAUGAUGCCGUGCUUUUGGUUUGCACAAAAAGCUGAAUUAACUGAGGACCUUUCCGUUCUUGCGAAAACCAUAUUGAUAGGAAAACCAGCUGGCGUGUACACUGGUUAUGGAAUAUUGGGAUUGGGAAUACUUCUCUUUGUGAUUUUCGGUUUUAUAACAUACAAAACAGGGUGGAAAACAGCCAGUUAUAGGAAAGUAGAUAUAGUUGACGCAAGUCAACAUGACGGUUGAAUAUGUCUAUAAACCGGCAGUUUUCGAAUAUUUUUUUACCAGUCUAUUUUCAGCAAUAAUAGGUAAGAGUUUUGACUUCGGCUUGGUGGUAGCUGGUACACAAAACAAAGUUUUUUCUUCAGCAUGUAAAGUGUUGAUACACCUACUGCUUUUAAAAUUGCCGUCUACACAUCUUGUGCUAGUGCAUCUAAUGCACUAAAUUGGUUGCUCUGCUUCAAAUGUGUUUUAUCCUUUUUUUCCUGUUUAAGUAACUGUAGACAGAUCUCCUACUCUCUGUGAUUCGAAAAAAUCAGUCGUAUUUUUUAAAUUGUUAUAUAUCGAUGGAGUAAUAAUGAUAAUUUCAUGGAGUCAUGAAGGAUAAUAUUCCCUGCAUUGUUCAUUUAUUUUAGUAUGAUACUUGUUAGGUCUAGUACACUUUUAAGUGUAAAUAUUAAUUUUUGUUUUUAAAAAUUUCUAUUAAAAAUAUUGUUAUUUGUUUCCAGCAUUGUUAGGGAACUAAAUUAAUUUUUUCAGAAAUACUUAAUCAAUGUUAUUCGAACCGCCAACAAUGUAUUAGUGGUUUCGUCGUUAGCAUAAUAGUAUUUUCGACACAAUAAUUCAUAAGUGUAUUAAUUUCAAUGGAAUGGAAUAUAUUUUGUUGGAAAAAUAUUUUUUUGCAAAAAUAUACGAGCGAUUAAACGUAUUUUGUUUGGAAACUGUUGCUGUGAUAGUAGCGUUUUGAGCAAUCAUUGUGUUCUCAGAGUUUGUUAUGUCGUUUUAUCGGUCUGAUAUAUUCAAAAUAUGUAUAUAUUGAAAUAAAUGUUGAUAUAAGUAA